AAAUACCAAGGCAGAAAUAAGCUGCAAAAACGAAUAAAAACAAAAAUGAUUGUCUGUACUUUUAACGCUCGUACGCUGGCAUCUGAUGCAUCCAUUGAAGACCUUAUGGUACAAGUGCGAAAGAUCAAGUAUGACAUCAUUGGUUUGACCGAAAUGAGAAGACAUCAAUCACAGCAUGCCGUUUUCAACACUGGAAAAGAACUGUUCCUUGGAACCUGUGAUAAAAGAGGCGUCGGUGGUGUCGGUAUCCUUGUCAACACAAACUUAGCCACGAGCAUUGAUUCAUUCGAAUGUCUAACAACCUGAAUCGGACGAUUACACUUGAAUAGAUGUGGCUCACUACUAGCAGUUUCUAUCUUUGUUGUCUAUACACCAACAUCCAGUUAUGGUGAAAGAGAAACUGAGAAGUUCUACAUGGAGCUGGAGAAGUUCUAUAAAGAAGAUCACAGCUUCUACACGAUCAUUGUCGGUGAUUUUAAUGCCAAGAUAGAACCAAGAUCAGUCGAUGAACUCCACAUCGGGACCCAUGGCCUAGAAUGGAACGAACAGGGUGACAGACUGUCUGAGUUCAUCAUGUCAACCAAAACCUUCCAUGGUAACUCACAGUUCCAAAAGGCUGAAUCUAAACAUUGGACAUGGGAGUCUCCCGAUGGACGGUUCCACAAUGAAGUAGACCACAUCAUAUUCAAUCGACAGUUUUGCCUAACCGAUGUUGCUUUUGUCCCAAAAUUCCAAACGGGAUCAGACCACCGUCUUCUUCAUGCAAAAUUCUACCUCACAGAACGAGGAGAAAAGAAUGCAAGGUUUAAGAAGAGGAUUCCCAGAACGACUACCAACUGGGAGCUCUUUAGCUCUGUUGUGGCAACAUGGGAAGAUGCCGUCAUUGACAACAUUGAUGAGGAAUACGAUCGAGUGAUUCAGCACCUCCAUGAUUGUCCGAGGAAUGCCAAGAGAGAGAUAACCACAAAAAACCACCUUUCUUCGAACACUCUUGAACUUAUUCGCCAACGUGGCUUGGCACAUGCCUCAGGCAACCACAAGCGAACAUCAGAACUGGCAAAAGAGCGCAGAGAAGCCAUCAAGGAUGACCUCAAAAACAGGAGAGCAGCAGUACUGGUGGAUGUGGCAGAAGCUGGGAAAAGCAUUCAUAAUGCCCGCCUGUCCUUCACCAACUACAAAACCAAGAUGACCGCCCUUCGACAUCAUGAUGAAUCUAUCACAUCUUCCAGAAGGGCAAUGAAGAAGAUUAUUCAUGAAUUCUACACAGAUCUCUUUAAUAGCCACAUUCACUUACCCACAUACCACAUACCACAUGAUGAAUAUGUCGUUCCCAAUGUUCUCCCUUCCGAAAUCCAACAUGCCAUCUCGUCGGUAAAGAAACAAAGAGCACCUGGCCUAGACAAGAUCAGACCUGAACACCUGAAGAACUUACCAUCAGUACUCAUCAAUACACUGGCUCGGCUCUUCACACGCUACCUGUCUGAAUGCAAGGUUCCCUCCCAAUGGAAAACCAGCAGGACUGUACUACUAAACAAGAAGGGAGACAUCCACAACAUUGGCAACUAUCGCCCAAUCUGCCUAUUGUCUGUGGUCUACAAACUGUUCACUUUAGUCAUCCUGAAUAGGAUUAGCAGAACACUAGAUGAAGGACAACGAUGUGAACAAGCCGGAUUCCGAAAAGGAUUCAGUACCAUCGACCAUAUCCACACGAUUACUAAGCUCAUUGAGGUUUCUCGGGAGUUCAAGAUGCCACUCUGUCUAACGUUCAUUGAUUUAAAGAAGGCCUUUGAUUCUGUUGAGACGGAAGCGGUCAUGGAAGCCCUAGCCAAUCAGGGCGUACAA